AUGCGUACCUACGACGACUCCUUCAGCGGCCAGAAGAUCUACCCCGGCAAGGGUAAGCUGUACGUCCGUGGCGACAGCAAGAUCUUCCGCUUCCAGAACGGCAAGUCCGAGUCGCUCUUCCUCCAGCGCAAGAACCCCCGCCGCAUUGCCUGGACUGUCCUCUACCGUCGCCAGCACCGCAAGGGUAUCUCUGAGGAGGUUGCCAAGAAGCGUACCCGCCGUGUCGUGAAGCACCAGCGUGCCAUCGUCGGUGCCUCCCUCGAUGUGAUCAAGGAGCGCCGUUCCCAGCGCCCUGAGGCCCGUGAGGCUGCUCGCAAGCAGGCCGUCAAGGAGGCCAAGGAGAAGAAGGCUGCUUCCGCGGCCCAGAAGAAGGCUGACAAGGCCAAGGCCGCCGCCGGUGGCAGCGCCGGUCGCAUCCAGAGCAAGCAGGGUGCUAAGGGCUCCGCCCCCAAGGUUGCCGCCAAGUCCCGUUAA